AUGUGGAAUUGUUCUUGUUGUAAGCUUGGAUUAUUUGGAAUCAAAGGAAGCUUGCUACAUGGAGGGAAGCUCAAGGAUCCAGGGUGGCUGACCAAACAUGCUGCGGAGUAUUUGGAGGAGUUUAAGCAGGCACAAGAGCACCUAUCUGUCCCACCGUGGCAGUCUAAUGGGAAUGUGUGGCGUCCACCUCCUCAAUCACUCUUCAAACUAAACUUCGAUGCUACCAUCUUUAAGGAGAGUAAUAGCUCUGGCUUCAGUGCUGUUAUCCAGAACGAACAAGGAGAAGUGAUGGCUGCAUUGUCUACCAUAGGGCCAACGGUAACCUGUAGUGAGGAGGCUGAGACAAUGGCUUGUAGGAAAACCUUGGAAUUUGCUGUUGAUGCGGGCUUUUCGAAGCUAGUGGUUGAAGGAGAUAAUGCUAAUGUCAUGAGAGCAGUUUCCUCAUCAACUCCAAACAUGUCUAUGCUUGGAAAUGUGAUUGAUGAUAUUCAAUUUCUUCUCUGUGGGUUAAGGAGGGCUUCUACUAGUCGUAUUAAAAGGGGUGGCAAUAGGGUAGCUUAUGUGCUAGCAAGACAUGCUAAUGAACUGUAG